UAAAUUUGUGUUUCAGUAACCGUGCAGGCUGACACAAUCGGCAUCAUUCCACGAAAAUUCGUCAGGUUUUUGAUAUCCAGCGAGGCUGAAAGCGAAGGCGAGUCAAUGGACAGUGGCGUUUUCGAUCUUCAGGAUGAGUCGCUGACGAGGUACUCGGAAGUUUGUCCAAAUGCGGUCGUGGAGACCUCUAAAGUGCCCAAAGAAGAAGUUUCUGUCGCCUGGACCAGCCCUUCCGAAGGUAGCGGUUGCGUAUUUAUCAGAGCAACGAUAUUGGAAACGCCGGAUACGUGGUACAUGGAUGAUCCGAACUUAGUUCUGAAGAUAUGUCAGGACUCGAAAGCGGAAGCGGACGAUCAGGGACCAGUGUUGCAAGAGUGUUGCGCUUGCGAUGAAGCAAAGUACGAAGUUACUUUCGAGGGACUUUGGUCGAGGAACACCCACCCCAAGGAUUUUCCUAGUAAAGGUUGGACUAUUCGAUUUUCCGACGUUAUUGGAGCAUCGCACACAGUAGACUACAGGUUUUGGCAAUACAAUGGCAUGGCCAGUGCAGGCCUGAAGCAAGUAGCUGAACGUGGAUCAACUAGAAAAUUAGAAUCUGAAUUAAAAGAUCAGAGUGAACAUAUCAGGACGAUUAUUAAAGCCAGAGGAAUUAGCUAUCCUAACGUUACUGGUAAAACUUUUGCAGUCUUCCGUGUUGACCGAAAGCAUCAUUUAAUGUCUUUGGUAUCCAUGCUUGACCCUUCACCGGAUUGGAUCGUUGGUGUGUCCGGUUUAGAGCUGUGUACACCCGAACGUACUUGGAUAGAGCACAAAGAACUCAAUUUGUAUCCUUACGACGCGGGUACUGAUGAUGGUAUCACUUACUUAUCACCAGAUUCGCCAACGGAGCCACAAGAACCCAUCCGUCGCAUAACAUCAACCUUUCCAAAUGACUCGAGAUCUCCAUUUUACGACCCCUCCGGUUUGGAUAUGAAACCCCUUGCGAAACUUUAUUUGAAUCGGCAAAGGCUUUAUGAAAAGUCCUGCGAAGAUGCCCCAGGAGAUGCCGUUAACACAGGUGCACCACCUGCUAAUAACAAAAACAAAGCAUGCAGGGUGACACAAUGGGGUCCUUGGGAUGCGUGUUCCGUGACGUGCGGUCGUGGAACUCAAUUCAGACAAAGGCACUAUCUCGAUGAAGCUGCUGCCGUAACGAAUAACUGCAAUGUUCCCCUUUCUGACAAAUUGACAUGUUUUGGGAAGAACUCGCACUGUAAAGGAGAGCGUCACCCCGUGUCGAACACAGAAAUGUGCGCUCUCGAAAAUUGGAGUAGCUGGAGUUCGUGCACAACAACCUGUGGACCAGGUCACAAAACCAGAUCAAGGAACUUCCGCGAGAAGAAACAUCGCAAAAUAUGCAAAGCUGGCAUGGAUAGAUCGGACUUUCAACAGACGAUCGACUGUGAGAACGAACCGUGCCCUGAUGAGGAUGCGGAUGAGGUAAGAGAACCGUCUAACCAGGCGGACGAGAAUGAUGUGGAGCAGGAGGACAAUGGUGAUGGAGAGGAUUACGAGGGAGAGGAACCGGCGGUGGAGGUAACCGAGGAAUGGCAGCAGAAGUGUCCUGAGGAUCGUUACACACAGUGGUCCGAUUGGUCCCCAUGCAGCUCAAGUUGUGGUCCUGGUGUCCAGCUGAGAUCCAGAUUGGUGAUAAGAAGUUGGGGCAGUGUGGGAGACAACAACGAGAACCUCAACAUUGACGAAUGCAAACUGCAGCAAACUGCCUGUGUAGCAAAUAUUCCAACCUGCGAUUUUACCAAGAAAGAUGCUGAACAAAUCUGCAGUGAACCGAUGCAAAAAGGACGAUGCAGUGGAAACUUUAUACGUUCGUAUUUCGACAAACAAGCGGUUCGUUGCCGUAUGUUCAGUUAUUCCGGUUGCGAUGGAAAUCGCAACAAUUUCCCAACAGAACAGGACUGCAUAAAUGUUUGCAGAGACUUUCAGAGAGACUUUAGGACAAACACGUCGACAGGGAUGAAAAACUAUAAAGUGUCUCUCAGCAGCGUUCUCAGCUAUCACAUACCUGCUCAGGAACAGCGCAGCACGAAGAUAAAACGAGCACACCACGAAAGUUUAGAAUUCAAAGGUAUACAAACAGACAGUCAAGUAAUGGAAUCACCUGAAAUGGAGGACAUCGAUUGUCAAGUAUCUGAAUGGAGUAAUUGGUCAAAAUGCAUAGGAUGUACUGGCUAUACAGUCACUACCAGGGAAAUUUUGGUGCCUCCCAAAGGUAAUGGUAAAAAUUGUCCAAAGAAAUUGCGUCGCAAGAAGAAAUGCCAUAAAAUUCCACCCUGUUCUUUGCAAAGGGAUGGACCGAGCCGACGCAUGUAUCGUGAUCGAAACUCCGAAGCAGAAGAAAAUCAGGUUUCAGUUGACUGCAAAAUGACGCAAUGGUCUCCUUGGUCACGUUGUACAGCCACCUGUGGAGAUGCAUCACAGUAUAGAACAAGGAUAGUAAAAGUUGAACCCUCUGGUCCUAGAGGCAAACUAUGCCCUGCUUUAGUAGAAUAUAAGAAAUGUCAUACAGUGAAAUGUCCAUAAAAGUACAGAAACUUUUAGUAUGUAUAUUUUCUACUUUAUUCUUAUUUUAAAGUUGAUUGAAUCUUGGAUUCUCAUUGAAUUUUACUUAUGUAUUGUGAAAUCAAGCGUAAUAAACAUUAUUUUACUUCAAUUCUUUAACAUCGUAUGACACCAUAAAAUUAUUAUAGAAUGUAGUAAUUCUUUGAUCAAUUAUUGUUAUAUUUUUAAAAGUUACAUAAAUAAAAAUGACAAUCAAUGUCUUCAAAUAUGUUACAAUAUUGGUGUUUAAAGCGCUUGAUACACAGAUACAUAAAAAUGCAAAAAUUUACUUAAUCUUUUUAUAAUUUCAUUAUAAAGUUCAGUGAAAAAGCUAUUUUACAAUUGACAAUUAUAUCCUGGUAAACUUAUCAUAGGUAUAGUAAUAUUACCAUUAUAUUGUAAAAUACAUUGAAAACAAAACUCUUUGUUUGUCAAUAAGUAGUACUACUUAAACUCAUUAAAAUUAACAAAAAUUUCUAAUCAGUACAGAUAUGUUUAUAGUAACCUUUUGAAAUUUUAAUAUAACAUAACGCACAAAAAGUCAUGCCAUAUUUUUAAUCUGUUCCUCCUUUCAGAUAUUUUGAAUUAUAUAAUGAUAGAAAUAUAUUAUCAAACAAUAUUACAUAUACAAAAAUCAAUUAAUCGUUAUUGUCACAUCUUGAUAGUUCUUUUAGUUAAAAGGAAGCGCAUUCCAGUUACUUGCAAAGGCAAACAAGAUUAAUAGUUAGAUUUAGUUUUUACCCAAUUAAAUUAUACUGAAGAUUCUGUUCAAAGAAAUUUUAUAAUAAAUUGAAUUUAAAUUACUAUUAUAAGAAGUACAAUUUCACAAAUGUUUUAUCAAGAAUUAACUUGUUUAUCAUAAAUAAUUUAUAUUCAUUUGUGCGAGCAUCAUUAUGGAACAUAUAUUUAUAGCAUUUACAGUGUAAGAUUUAAGAAAAUAUAGAUCUCAGUUUAAGACCAAAUACUUCAAUUAAUAAUUAUUAAAAUUGUACAUUUAAGGUUUAAGUAAAAUCAGUUUCAAUUGCCAUAAAUAAUGAAAAAAUACUUAUAAGUGUGAAAUACUAAUUGUUUUUAUAUAUGCUGUUAUCCAAAAGUUUAAUCUCAAUACUUUAUUUUCUGAACGAGGCAGGAUAAACAAUAUGCAUGCAAGUUGUAGUUUAUAUAUUAUUAGUUGUAAACAAAACAAAUGUGUCCAUAAUUUUUAUAAAUUGAAAUAUUUUGCUUAUUA